CUGAUGUAUGUAUAAAGAGCGUAGUAACAAGCAGAAGGGUGAUAGAAGAAGAGACAAGUGACCGGACGUGCGAGCUGUGAGUACGGAGAAAACCAUAACAGGAAAAAAAGCCCGGAAAUGGGUGUGUCUACCUCACGCAAUGAACAGUGCCGCCCCCGUCAGUCCCCAAUUACUAUCUGUACCAAAAAAGUGAAAUAUGAUUCCUCUUUGAAGCCACUGUACAUCUACUACGAUCCUAAAUCAUCACGAAGACUUGUUAACGUGGGUCACUGUUUUAAUGUGGAGUAUGACGACACCAAUGAUAGGUCAGUUUUAGGUCAUGGACCAUUGAUUGGUUAUCAUCGCUUACGUCAGUUUCAUUUUCACUGGGGUUCUUCUGACAAGGAUGGCUCGGAGCAUGUAAUAGACGGGCAGGAAUAUCCCGCUGAGUUACAUAUCGUGCACUGGAACUCACAGAGGUAUCCAUCCUUUAGUGAGGCUAUGAAGCAUACGGAUGGCUUGGCUGUUAUAGGUGUGCUAUUGAAGAUUGGAGAGCCGAAUCCAGCAAUCCAAAAUAUAAUUGACAGUCUAGGCCAGGUAAAAACAAAGGACAAAGAAUGUCCAUUCACACGAUUCGAUCUUUCAAGUUUGCUGCCAAAUGACCGAGACUACUGGACGUAUCAGGGGUCCCUAACAACAAGUCCUUACCUAGAAUGUGUGACAUGGAUUAUCCUCCAGGAGGCCAUACCUAUUAGCUCAGAUCAGCUUCACCAUUUUCGGGGUUUACUCUGCAGUUCAGAGAAUGAAGUUCCCAGCUUCAUAUUAGAAAACCACAGAGCCCUUCAACCUCUCGCAGCCAGAGUUAUCAGAUCCUCAUGCAAAAAUAAGAGACACAAACCUUAAAUCUACAUUUCUGACCUUAUUUCAUCUAUGAACGUGGCCAGAUAAUGCCCAUUUUACUGGAAGAUGAUCGCUACAGACUGUUGUGGAUUUCUCUUUUGAAUGAACCGUUCCUCACUUUCCUAACUGAUUACAAUGGGCAGGGGCGUACAUAGAAAUCACUGGGCCCCAUAGCAAAAAUCUGAAUUGGGCCCCUUAACCCCGCCCACUACCCGUCAUGGCCCCUCCCACUUCCUGACCUGGCAACUCCCAUGCCACACCCCCAUUAAAUAAAUUUAUACAUGACCUACAGAAACUGUUAGGGAUAAACAUUUUUACUUUAUUAUUAACCAACUUUGUUGCAGUAACGUAUAAAAUGUACAUGUAUUUUCCAAUAAGGGUUUGUUC